CUUCAAUAAAUACACCACACCAGAAACCCCACAAAAUCGUCCCCAUCCUCACUCCACUCUCCAGUCCAGCAGUGAGUGAGUGCGCGAGCAACCAGCUCAGAAUACACAAACACACAAUGGCAACGGUUGCAGGCCUGGUGUCCAUCCUCGCGCUUCUCCUGGCGGCGCGGGAGGCGUCGGCGGCGACGAUGGCGCUGUACAACCGGUGCGGGGAGACGGUGUGGCCGGGGAUCCAGCCGGGCGCCGGCAAGGAGAUCCUGGCCCGCGGCGGGCUGCAGCUACUCCCGAACCGGGCCACAUCCAUCCGCCUCCCCGCCGGCUGGUCAGGCCGCGUCUGGGGCCGCCAGGGCUGCAGCUUCGACGCCGCGGGCCGGGGCAAGUGCGCCACGGGCGACUGCGGCGGCGCGCUCUACUGCAACGGCGCCGGCGGCGCCCCGCCGGCAACCCUGGCCGAGAUCACCCUGGGAGCAUCCGGCAGCACGUCCCAGGACUUCUACGACGUGAGCCUCGUGGACGGCUACAACAUCCCCAUCGCCAUGACGCCGUACCACGGGUCCGGCACCAACUGCCUCCCCGCUGGCUGCGUCAGCGAUCUGAACCGCGUGUGCCCGGCCGGGCUCGCCGUCCGCGGCGGUGGGCGUGUCGUGGGGUGCCGUAGCGCGUGCGCGGCCUACGGGUCGCCGCAGUACUGCUGCACGGGCCAGUUUGGGGGUCCGCAGACGUGCAAGCCCACGGCGUACUCGAAGCUGUUCAAGCAGGCGUGCCCCAAGGCUUACUCCUACGCCUACGACGACCCGACCUCCAUCCUCACCUGCGCCCCCGGCACCUCCUACGUCGUCACCUUCUGCCCCCACCGCCGCUGAUCCAGCUAAACGGUGCAUGGAGCAAAAUGAAAAUGGCGUUUCACCGACGGCUAGAGGCACCGUGUUUCAGUAGGAGCCACCGCGUGCUUGCGCUGUUCUUCUUAGUUCUCGGCUUCUCGCUGCCGUUGCAUCUCGUGUUAGCGUCGGGAUAAUAAUACACUAGUAUCUAGCGAGUAUUGUAGCGUGGUGAAACUGGUGAUGCUUUUGUAUUAGGGGCCUGGAGGCCCUGGACUGGUAUAUGGGUAUAUGCUAGAAAUUAUGUUCUUUACUUGGGACUCUC